CAGAAAUGAGUUCCUCUGGCGCUGACGGAAAAGAGGCGAAAACUUAUGGAGGUUGCGAAGGUCCUGAUGCUACCUAUGUCAAGCUGGUCAGCAGUGAUGGCCACCAGUUCUUCAUUAAAAAGGAGCUUGCUCUCACUUCCGGUACCAUUAAAGCAAUGCUAAGUGGACCCGGGCAAUACUCCGAAAAUGAAAGCAAUGAAGUGAAUUUCCGUGAGAUACCAUCACACGUCCUCCAAAAAGUUUGCCAGUAUUUUGCGUAUAAGGUUCGCUAUACGAGUUCGGCAACUGAGAUCCCGGAAUUCAACAUUACUCCCGAAGUCGCGCUCGAAUUGCUCAUGGCUGCCAAUUUUCUCGACUGUUAAAGUGUCAUGCUUCAAAAACGAUCUUUUGUAAGAUAGCAUAAACACUACUUCUUUUUGACAUUUGCUUGUUUAUUACCCGCGAUCGAUUGUAGGCUAUAAGGGCCGUUCUGGUACCGGUUCGUUCUCCCUUACGUUUUACAUGUAAUCUGCAACCAUAAUUUGCUGCGUCAAAGUUGAGGUUGAUGUGCGAAUGUUUUUGAUUAGCUAUUCAUUGACCUCCUACCCCUGUAAUUGUGAUGUUUAUGGGUCGUACCCUAUCCGAUUUUACAUAUGUACAAUCAAUCAUUGUUGUAUCUAAUAGUUGUGCUACAAAUUGCUGAGUAAUUGUGAUG